AUGGGCGUCAUGCGCCGGGCCUCGACUUUUAUCCAGAUAUCGGCGAUGCUGCCUGGCUCCGAGACAAUCUUCGGAUAUCAUGUCCAGAACCUCCAGAUUCUCGUUAAAGCCAGCACGAUACCAGACACUGCUACCGGUACGAUCAGAUACCUCAUGGUCCUCAUCGCAGCCAUCAGCCCUCUCUUCACCUCCCUAUUCAACCACUUUGAGUUCGCACGGCUAAUUAGAAAUUCAAGGCAUCAACGCAUUAUGUCGUGGUCCUCUACGCAGCAAGAGACCGAGGGAGUGGCCCCGAUCGCGCAGUCAUGGCAUCAAUUCGAGCCAACGAUCAACACUUGGGAGAUAGUCGAAACCCACGACGUCAACAAUCCUCCCCCAUCCGCACCUCAAGAUACUACCGAAAUAAGCCCUCAUUUUGUCCUCGCCACGUGGAACGUGGAGGCAUUUGAUCAAGAGCCUGCCCGCCGCAUCACCGCAAUUCUCGACCAUCUUCUGAACCACUCGCCCUCACCCGAUAUAAUCUUCUUCCAAGAAGUGUCGACAACGAUGCUUAGUGCGUUGCUGAACAACAGCAUAGUUCGCGACAAUUGGUAUUCCAGCGAAAAAGACUCACGAAACUGGAUAGGCGCCCCUCUCACCGCUUUCGCUACAAUGACUCUCCUAUCCAAGGCCAAAUUCGGUCACGCCGGCAGGGCAGCUCUGGCGGGUCUAGGACGGGUCUCGCGAAUCAAGUAUCGAUCUUUCUACAGACGGGACGCACUGUGCAGUGAGGUGUUUGUACCAUCGCGGCAACCGGGGGCUCAGAUGACUGCGUACAAGCGGCUCCAACUUGUCAACGUGCAUUUGGACUCCCUAUCAAACGGGGCGGCAUGUCGCCCAGCGCAACUGCAGUGCGUUGGAUCACUUCUACACGACGUUGGCCAUGGGCUGGUAGCGGGAGACUUCAAUCCCGUGACUCCACAUAUCGAUGCAAGCCUGGUGGAAGACAAUGGCCUCCUCGACGCGUGGAAGGAGUUGAAAGGCGAGGAGACUGGAUACACGUGGGGAGUUAAUGGUACCGAAAGAUUCCCCGCGAACCGGAUGGACAAGGUUGCAAUGGUGGGGCUCAGACCACUGCAUAUUGAAGUUUUGCACCCGAUGCAGGUACUUCUACCUGGUGAAGAUGGCUCUGUUCCAUGGAGCGACCACUCCGGACUUAAGUGUACUUUCACGCUUGCCUCACCUUGA